GGCUGGGGAUGGGGAGCGGGCGGCGGAGGCGGCGGCGGGGAAGGAUCCCGGAGCGCCGAGGCCAGUGUUGGACACUUUCCCACCAUGCUGACGACAGUUUAAAUAUCUGUCAGCUUUCUAAAAGUUUAACUGAAGGAAACCUCUAAGACUUCGUACCUGAGGACCAAAGUGCAGCCACCAAUUACCAGACUUUCAGGAUGAAUCUGGAAAAACUCAGCAAGCCUGAACUCCUGACAUUGUUCAGUAUCCUUGAAGGAGAACUUGAAGCAAGAGACCUUGUUAUAGAAGCUUUAAAGGCCCAACACAGAGAUACUUUCAUUGAAGAACGCUAUGGAAAAUACAACAUUAGUUACCCUCUAAUUGCUCUUCAGAGAUAUUUUGAAACACUGAAGGAGAAAAAUGAUAGUGAGAAGCAGCCGUUGUGCACAAACCCCUUCUCUGUCCUCAAGGCAGUGAUGAAGCAGUGCAAGAACAUGCAGGAGCGCAUGCUGUCCCAGCUGGCUGCGGCCGAGAGCAGGCACCGCAAGGUGAUCCUCGACCUUGAAGAAGAAAGACAGAGGCAUGCACAGGACACUGCUGAAGGAGAUGAUGUCACCUACAUGCUGGAGAAGGAGAGGGAGAGACUGACGCAGCAGCUGGAAUUUGAAAAGUCCCAAGUGAAAAAGUUUGAAAAGGAACAAAAGAAGCUGUCCAGUCAGCUGGAGGAGNAGCGCUCCCGACACAAGCANNUCUCUUCCAUGCUGGUGCUUGAGUGCAGGAAGGCCACCAGCAAGGCAGCCGAGGAAGGGCAGAAGGCUGGAGAGCUGAGCCUGAAACUGGACAAGGAGAAGAGCCGGGCGAGCAAGCUAGAGGAAGAGCUGGCAGCUGAGAGGAAGCGGGGCCUGCAGACAGAGGCCCAAGUGGAGAAGCAACUGUCUGAGUUUAAUAUUGAAAGGGAGCAGCUGAGAGCCAAACUGAACCGAGAGGAGAACCGGACCCGUGCCCUGAAGGAGGAAAUGGAGAGUCUGAAGAAGCCUGUGAAAGACCUAGAGGCGGCCCAGCAGCACCACAGCACCCAUGAGCAGGGCAAGGAGCCAGUGACCAUGUCCAGAGGCACAGCCACGGAGCCUCCCAUGCGAGUGUCUGUGUUUUGCCAAACAGAGAAUGUUCAGACAGAAAGAAGCCACGGGAGUGUCAUAACCAAGCUGACAGACACUGGUCUUCCAGGUCCCACCACGGCUACUUACUCAUAUGCAAAAGCUAAUGGCCACUGUGACCCAGAGGUACAGACUACCAGGGAGUUGACCUCAGACAGCAGCACAGAAAACCAAGGGCCUCCACGGGAGAAAUCUGCAGUAUCGGCCCAGGAGAAACCAGUGGAGAAUGGUGGGUGUCCUGUAGGAACUGAGACUCCAGUCACAAUGCCCAGUCACCUCCCUUCCAGUGGCAGCUCCCUGUCUCCCAGCAGCACCGCCUCUUCGUCUCUGACAUCAUCUCCUUGCUCUUCACCAGUUCUAACCAAGCGUCUCUUGGGGUCAUCAGUCAGCAGCCCGGGCUACCAGUCGUCCUACCAAGUAGGGAUCAACCAGCGCUUCCAUGCGGCUCGGCACAAGUUUCAGUCCCAGGCAGAUCAGGAUCAGCAAGCCAGCGGUCUCCAGAGCCCUCCAUCCAGGGACCUGUCCCCUACCCUCUUAGACAACUCUGCUGCCAAGCAGCUGGCCCGAAACACAGUCACUCAGGUGCUCUCCAGAUUCACUAACCAAGGGCCAAUUAAGCCAGUCUCUCCCAACAGUUCUCCCUUUGGGACAGACUACCGAAAUCUGGCCAGCACUGCCAGCCCAAGAGGUGACACCAGCCAUUCACCUACUCCAGGGAAAGUGUCCAGCCCUCUGAGCCCCCUCUCUCCAGGAAUCAAGUCCCCAACCAUCCCCAGAGCUGAGAGAGGAAACCCUCCACCAAUCCCACCCAAAAAGCCUGGCCUCACCCCCUCGCAGUCUGCCACCACUCCAGUGACCAAGACUCAUUCCCAGGCGUCCUCCCUGACCGCCACAGAAGACCUCGCCAGCAGCUGCUCCCCCGGUGCCGUGGUGGCCAAUGGAAAAGACGUUGAGAUACUUUUGCCUACAAGCAGCUAGUCCCUAGGAGUGAGCCUCCACAUUAGACAUUCCGUCAGACUUGGUCCAAGAGCUCAGAGUUAAACCCUGGAGUCAGAUCAUGUUAUUUAUUUGAUAGUGCUACAGCCAUCUGUAUAAUACAUUCAGUGUAUUUACCUUUUUGUAUUUUUUUAAGUAGAAAUUGAGUACUUUGGAUUUUUAUGACUCACCUCUUUGUACUAAGCUAGAAGGGGACCUCAUUGACAUAGCACAUCUCAAGCUCGGCAAUCACCAGCAUGCUGCGAUGGGAAGCUGACUGAGGACCAGGCGGUGCUGCUGUCAGUCGGGGAGCUAGAAUUAAUUACUCAGCACUCAUUUCAAAUUAUGCAGAAGCGGUUCAUGCAGAUUUUUAUUCCAGAUGAACAUGUUUUAAAAGUGCCUGAAAUCGCCUGCCACGGGAAUGUUAUUUUGCGGCAGAAACAAAAGACAGAGCAUUUCCUGCAGCAAAUGAGAUCCUCUGUGAAUCUGAAUGUCAGAAACCAACACUGCUUUUAAUCCUCUCUGACUGUUUUAAUGCCAGCUUUGUGUUCUGAACCGAGGUUUGCAUGAGUAGAGUGGAAAUCCUUCUGAAGGGUGGGAACCCUGUCAGGCUGAGCUCUGGAAGCCCUGGGGAAGCCUCCAGAGCACUCGGCAGUUGGGGUGCUGAUUUUCUUGUGCUUUUGAAAACUUAAGUCAUUCUCCAUCUCCUGCAUCACUUCUUGAGUAGUGAAGUCACGUCUCCGCUCAAAUCCAUCCUCAAGCAUCGGCCACGGGAACUUCUGAUUCUGGUUACUUUUACUUGAAUAGGAAAUGACAUAAUGAACUCUUUAUUCUGUGAUCAAAAAGCAAUAACUUAAAAGUCAGUCUUUGUGAUACUGUAAGUCAGAAUUAUACAGAUUUUACCAAA